CGAGACCCCUCAAGUGUUGGUGUGGCGCAACAUCUCACCAACACUGUUUUUAUUGACAGAGCUUUGAUAGUGGUUCCAUGCGCAGAAGAUGACUAGACUGGCCCAGCUGUUACACUACACUAGCCUGAGUCAGGCAUUGUUUUCCAAGCCACUAUCCCCGAUCGGGCCAACGCAGCCUUCAAGGGGGGGAUGUGACCCGGAGAAUAGCCCGCAGAACCUUCCAAGAUGGACACCUUGUCUCUUUUUUUUUUUUUACUUUUUUUUUUAUUAUUUUGUUUUCGGUUUGUUUCCUUUUCAUACUAUCCCAUGUUGUCCACUCUCUACUGUCUCUAUCUAGAAACUUGCAGGUUGUGUUUAUAUUUGUUAUUUUUUUUAUUUGUUAUUUUGAUUAUUGUCCAACCCCCCCAACCCCCUCUCUCUUUCCGCUACAGCUGGAGCUUGUGUGUGGUUGAAUUCAGUCCAGGUUGCUACGGCACACCGGUGGGAUGUGUGCCACACAAAAGAUGCUAUGAGGAUCACUAACUCUUUUGUUCUCUUGUCUCCUACGUCUGUUGACGUAGUGAAGGGCUAGUCUGUGUGGAAAAAUGAUGCAGCCAUUGGGGGUUGUCUUGUGUUGCACACCUUUCCAACACUGCGAAACGAUCGCCCCCCACUUCCCCCCCGCGGAAAAGCGCCCAUGCUUGAUAUCGUAUGGUUCAUGACCAAUAUGUUUCCAGUACAGGGAAGAUCCCAGAGGAGGCCAAGGCUCUGUCACUGUUGGCACCUGCAGCCCCGGUACCCAGUCUGAUUCCAGGCGGAGGACUGCUGCCGAUUCCCACUCCGGCUCCACUUCAGAACCUGAACCUUCCUCUGGUGAAUCGGAUCACAGCGGGCCUCGAUCCCACAGCCUCUGUGCUGUCUCAGCCUCCCCUCAUCGGCAAUGUCGACCCAACGAAAAUCGAUGAGAUUAGGAGGACGGUAUACGUUGGAAACCUAAACUCACAGACCACCACUGCAGAGCAGCUGCUGGAGUUCUUCAAGCAGGUGGGAGACGUGAAGUUUGUCCGGAUGGCCGGAGACGAGACUCAGCCGACCCGCUUCGCCUUCGUAGAGUUUGUGGAGCAGGACUCUGUGGCCAGAGCCCUCACUUUAAACGGAGUCAUGUUUGGAGACAGACCCCUGAAGGUCAAUCAUUCCAAUAACGCCAUAGUAAAGCCCCCUGAACUGACGCCUCAGGCUGCUGCGAAGGAGCUGGAAAGUGUAAUGAAGAGGGUGAGGGAGGCCCAGUGCACCAUUGCUGCUGCCAUAGAGCCAGAGGCAAAGAAGCGUUCUUCCAGCCGCUCCCAAAGGUCACGGCGGUCCCAUUCCCGGACGCGCUCUCGUUCCCACUCGAGAUCACAGAGGAAAAGGUCCCGCUCCAAACACAGACCAACACAAAAGUCUUUUCCUGGUGGUGACGCCCACAGUUCGAGGAGUGGCCACAAGAGGCGCUCUCGAUCCAGAGACAGGAGACAUGCCAGGAGUCGCUCCAGAGGCCACAAAAGGAGGAGCAAGGAUCGGUCCAGAAGCCCUCGAAGGAAAGUGAGGUCACCUUCACCAAAACGAAGUAAACGGGAGAAGAAGAGGGAGCGCAGCAGAGACAGGAAGGAGCGCUCCACGUCCAGGAAGAGAAGCCGCAAAGACGAGGAGCGAAUAAAGAGCAAAUCCAAGACAACCAAGGACUACAAAAGGGAAGAAAAGGCGGCGUACGGGAGCCAGAGGGAAGGCUCAGCCACUCCAAGAGAAAACAUGACAUCAUCACUGCGCGCCCAGCACAACGGCAGCUACAAAACUCACAGAGAGGAGGCUGCGUUUCUGGGCCGCAACGCCACCAAGUGAACAGCCGCCCCUCGCGUCUCCCUCGUCCCGUCCCGUGCGUCAUCUCCCACCACCUGUCACCUGACGUCAGGACGAGUUUCUUCCGUUUCGGGUUUCCGUUUCUGCAAACCCGAGGAUUCUGACGUUGAGCUCAUUUUCCUGCCCGGAGGACAGGAGUGACGGUGCUUCAACAGAACCUUCCGGGAUAAAGGCACGUCGACGUCAUCCCGACGGCGGCGCUUGUUUCAAAGCGGCUCCGGCGGACGACGCGAUGUCGCAGAAAGAAAAACAAAACCCUCGUCACAGCUGCUGAGAUCGACCAACGCGUGUGGAAACCUGGAGCCAACCGAAGAGGGGAUCGGGGCUGCGGUCAACGUUAUUUGGUAAAACUCUGGAUUUUAACUGCAAGCUUCAUUAAUGCCUCUCAGACCGACAGUGUUUACUCAUGUUCCAGUACAUCAACCCUUUCCUCAAAAUAAAUUCCUCCUCAAUAACAGAGUAAAAAUACUAAUUAUGAAAAUAGGAAACGUGAUCUAAUUGUUUUCAUAUAAGCCGACAUUUGGUUAGGAACAUUGUUACCCUGGUAACAGUGAUGGCUGGAACUCAUCUAGUUUCCGAAUCGUUUUUCUUUCCAUGUUUACAAAAAUCCAAACUACUAUUUUUUUCAAAGUAUAAAAAGAAAAAAAAAAAACCUAGUAGUCUUCUUUCAGCCAGCUGACUGGCAGUGUACAGGACUAUCCCUCUAAGCUCCAUACACUUAGGAAACUUUGAGCAGUGAUAUUUGAAAGCCAUUUUGUACCUUGGUGGCAGUAACCAGCCCGUUCUUACUUCUCAAAACCACAUGUGCAGCAGGAUUCUGCUUAAGUCAUAAAAACUGUAUAUUGACUAUUGUCUUAAUUAUUUAUUUAGUCAAUAAAUGUGAGUGGAAUCAUAAAGGGGCAAGAAGUAUUUUGAUAUAAGAAAAACAAAACAAAAAAAACUUACCUGAUCUACAAAAACUGGAUCAAUUUGGUCAACCAAAAAAAUUAAAAUAGUUUUUUUUAGUUUGUGUGUUUGGCCUUUUUAAUAUAUAGUUUUAAUUAGAAUGAGUAGCGAGUAGUUUCACCAGAACUGUUGCUAUAUAUUGUGUGUUGUCAAAUAAUUGUCAGGAAUCCAUAGUUACAUUUUAAAGCUACUAAAUUAAAAAACAAAUCCAUUGACAUUAGCAACUUUAAUCUCAUUUCAGUUGAUAUUUCUUUUUUACUUUUUUAAGUGAUUGUUUAAAGGUGAGAAGGGAAAGAGUGGUUUGAUCCAGACAUUUUCAAACAAAAAGGAUGUGCAAAAUUGUAAAAGAAAAAAAACCCACAAAAACUUAAUUUCACUAAAAACGGCCAACUUUUACCAUAAAUGUUAAAAACUAAAUAAAUAAGCAGAAGAAAGUGGUGUGGCUGCAACAGCAGCCUAGCUGAUUCGGAGAAGCGUAGGUGUACGACUUGUUAGUGCUAGAAGUGUGAGGACCUUCCUGUUCCUGUAAGGAUGUAAACUGGACUGAAAACUUUUUUCUACAAGGCUAAAGAAAACAGGUUUCUGAAGUGCUUAUUUACAUUUUUUUUUGUUGAGAGGUUUUCUGUCUGAGGUUUGUGAAGUGUCCUUUUGUCCAUCUUUUUGCGCCUCAUUUCUGCACCAUCCGGGAACUCUGUUGUCCUUCAGGAUAUUAUUGCUGAAUAAUAACUCAAAGCUAUAAUUAUGAGACAGUAUGUUGUUGCAGGUGUUUGGCCAACUUUUGUCUAGAUGUAGGACUCAUUCACAUAACUAUCAUUGCGUCAAUUUCUAUGUUGCCACAGCAACAUUUCGGUGUACCAUGUUUGAUUUUUUUUCUAUCGUUGCGCUGUGGGAUGAAAUAUUUUCAGUUAACAAGAUGACUGAAGAAAGUUUACGGGCUGAUUUUUUAAAAUUUAUUUUGGAAAUGGGGAAAAUAAACUGAAAUCUCGCAGGUCAACUAACUAUGGAAGCACAGAAGGGUCAUAAAGUGCCUAGACCACGAUUGUACAGUAAGCAAAUAAAAUAUUGAGACUCAUUUGGAUGUUUUAUGAAUAAAACUAAUAAGAUCUUGUAUUAAAGUAUUGUGGGCUGUCGGAAUAGACUAACUGUUCAUGGGAUGUUUUUAUCCUUUUAUUCUGUGAUUUAAUGUGUUGCAGUAGUUAUGAGUAUGCUCAUUGAAACAUGGUGGCAAAACGGCAACAGAUCCAGUUCCUAUUUUGAAAAGUUUACGUCUUUUUUUUCUUAACACAUCAGUCAGAAAUAAUGAGCUUCAAAUGUCAGAAUGAAAUCAUUUCAGCUCAUCUGCCAAUAUGUGAACAUGUACUUUAUUACUUUUUUUUAUGUCCUCAUCUUCUCUGCAUUUGAGAUGAUUUUUUUGUGCUGGGAAAUUGGAGUUGAUGUAACGGUUCAGUAAAAUAGUUUAUGAAAUAUUCAGAUGUAUGUACAUAUUACUCUUUGGUUUGAACCUAAGAUGUUUUAUUUGAUUGCAAAAGCUCUGAAUAAAGAGACUUUCCACUCA